GCGGCAUCAGCUGGGGACAGAGCGCGGCGGCGGCAGGGGGACUUAAAUACAGAAGGACAAAGUGAAUCACACCACCACGCAGGAAUAGUGAAUAGUUCCAAUGAUGGAGGACGGGAAGCCUGUUUGGGCUCCACACCCAACUGAUGGGUUUCAGAUGGGGAAUAUCGUGGAUAUUGGCCCUGACAGCUUAACUAUUGAACCGUUAAACCAGAAAGGCAAGACUUUUCUGGCUGUUAUCAACCAAGUGUUUCCUGCAGAAGAGGACAGUAAAAAGGAUAUGGAGGAUAAUUGUUCACUAAUGUACUUAAAUGAAGCUACACUCCUUCACAAUAUCAAAGUGCGGUACUGUAAAGACAGAAUUUAUACCUAUGUAGCCAACAUUCUUAUUGCAGUGAACCCAUAUUUUGAUAUUCCUAAACUUUAUUCUUUGGAGACUAUUAAAAAGUACCAGGGUAAAUCACUUGGGACAUUAGCACCACAUGUCUACGCAAUAGCUGAUAAAGCAUUCCGUGACAUGAAAGUACUCAAGAUGAGUCAGUCCAUCAUAGUUUCUGGAGAAUCAGGAGCUGGCAAGACAGAAAAUACAAAAUUUGUUCUGAGGUAUUUGACUGAAUCCUAUGGUACCGGUCAAGAUAUUGAUGAAAGAAUAGUAGAAGCCAAUCCACUCUUAGAAGCCUUUGGAAAUGCAAAGACUGUUCGCAACAACAAUAGCAGCCGUUUUGGAAAAUUUGUAGAAAUCCACUUCAACGAAAAGAAUUUGGUGGUUGGUGGAUUUGUGUCACAUUAUCUUCUGGAGAAAUCCAGGAUCUGUGUUCAAGGCAAAGAGGAGAGGAAUUACCACAUCUUUUACAGGCUUUGUGCAGGUGCUCCUGAAGAUAUUAGGCAAAAACUGUAUUUAAGCUCUCCAGAUAACUUUAGGUAUUUAAAUCGUGGCUGCACUAGAUACUUUGCUACCAAAGAGACAGACAAGCAAAUUUUGCAAAAUCGCAAAAGUCCUGAGUACCUAAAAGCAGGUUCCCUGAAGGAUCCUCUACUAGAUGACCAUGGAGACUUCAACAGAAUGUGCACAGCAAUGAAAAAGAUUGGCUUGGAUGAUGCAGAGAAGCUUGAUCUUUUCAGAGUAGUAGCUGGUGUCCUUCACCUUGGAAAUAUUGAUUUUGAGGAAGCUGGGAGUACUUCAGGUGGAUGCAUUCUGAAGAACAAAUCUAGUCAGUCUCUAGAAUACUGUGCAGAAUUGCUAGGUUUGGAUCAGGAUGAUCUGCGUGUCAGCUUAACCACCAGAGUCAUGCUUACAACAGCAGGGGGCACCAAAGGAACAGUUAUAAAGGUACCCUUGAAAGUAGAACAAGCAAACAAUGCACGUGAUGCCUUGGCUAAAACUGUAUAUAGUCAUCUUUUUGAUCAUGUGGUAAACCGAGUAAACCAGUGUUUUCCAUUUGAGACCUCCUCUUUCUUCAUUGGCGUUCUAGAUAUAGCUGGUUUUGAAUACUUUGAACACAACAGUUUUGAACAGUUUUGUAUUAACUACUGUAAUGAAAAGCUGCAGCAAUUCUUCAAUGAAAGGAUUCUGAAAGAGGAACAAGAACUUUACCAGAAAGAAGAUCUAGGAGUCAAUGAAGUGCACUAUGUAGAUAAUCAGGAUUGUAUAGAUCUGAUUGAAGCAAAAUUAGUAGGUGUGCUGGAUAUUUUGGAUGAAGAAAAUCGUCUUCCACAACCAAGUGACCAGCAUUUUACUUCUGUGGUGCAUCAAAAACACAAGGAGCAUUUCAGACUAUCUAUUCCCAGGAAGUCUAAAUUGGCUGUUCACAGAAAUAUCAGAGAUGAUGAGGGCUUUAUUAUCCGACAUUUUGCUGGAGCAGUGUGCUAUGAGACGACCCAGUUUGUGGAGAAAAACAAUGAUGCUUUGCACAUGUCCCUUGAAUCUCUUAUAUGUGAAUCCAAGGAUAAGUUUGUCCGGGAACUAUUUGAAUCUACCACUAAUAACAACAAGGAUCCCAAACAAAAAGCAGGAAAGCUUAGCUUCAUCAGUGUGGGAAAUAAAUUCAAGACUCAAUUAAAUUUGCUCCUUGAAAAGCUUCGCAGUACUGGGUCAAGCUUUAUUCGCUGCAUCAAACCUAAUUUAAAGAUGACAAGUCACCAUUUCGAAGGGGGACAGAUUCUCUCUCAGCUUCAGUGUUCAGGUAUGGUGUCUGUUUUGGACUUGAUGCAAGGUGGCUUCCCAUCACGAGCAUCGUUUCAUGAGCUAUACAAUAUGUACAAAAAGUAUAUGCCUGCAAAACUAGCUCGACUGGACCCUAGACUUUUCUGCAAGGCACUAUUUAAAGCCUUGGGCUUAAAUGAAAAUGAUUACAAAUUUGGAUUAACAAAGGUGUUUUUUAGACCUGGCAAGUUUGCAGAGUUUGAUCAGAUAAUGAAGUCUGAUCCAGAUCAUCUAGCGGAGCUGGUUAAACGAGUCAAUCACUGGCUUAUCUGCAGUCGCUGGAAAAAAGUUCAGUGGUGUUCUCUCUCAGUGAUUAAAUUGAAAAACAAAAUAAAAUACCGAGCUAGUGCCUGCAUUAAAAUACAAAAGACUAUUCGUAUGUGGCUUUGCAAGAGAAAGCACAAACCACGCAUUAAUGGCCUAAUAAAAGUGCGUACACUGAAAAAGAGACUUGAUAAAUUUAAUGAAGUAGUAAGUGCUCUGAAAGAGGGAAAGCCAGAGAUGAGCAAGCAGAUCCGGGAUCUGGAGUUAUCUAUUGAUGCUUUGAUGGUCAAGAUUAAGGCCACUGUGAUGACUAGGGAACAGAUACAGAAAGAGUAUGAUGCUCUAGUUAAGAGCUCAGAGCAGCUUCUGAGUGAGCUGCAGAAAAAGAAGCAGCAAGAGGAGGAAGCGGAGAGGCUGCGACGCAUCCAGGAGGAAAUGGAAAGAGAAAGGAAAAGACGUGAAGAGGAGGAGCAACGUCGCAGAAAGGAAGAGGAGGAAAGGCGACUAAAAUCUGAGAUUGAGGCAAAGAGAAAACAGGAAGAAGAAGAGAGGAAGAAGAGAGAAGAGGAAGAAAAACGUAUUCAGGCUGAAAUUGAGGCACAACUAGCUAGAGAGCGUGAAGAAGAGACCCAACAACAGGCAGUCCUUGAACAGGAACGUCGUGACCGUGAACUUGCGAUGAGAAUUGCACAGAGUGAAGCAGAGCUCAUCAGUGAUGAGGCUCAGCUUGAUUUAGGAUUGCGAAGAUUGGAUGCUGAAAUUAUUCAGCCUGUUCCAGUAUUUGCUAAAGUCAAUGGAACAAGGCCUCAAAUGACUGCGGAACAAAUGGCCAAAGAAAUGUCAGACGUUUUGUCUAGGGGACCUGCAGUUCAAGCCACAAAAGCUGCGGCUGGCACUAAGAAGCAUGAUCUUAGUAAGUGGAAAUAUGCAGAACUUCGUGACACAAUCAAUACUUCCUGUGAUAUUGAACUACUGGCAGCUUGCAGAGAAGAGUUUCACAGACGACUAAAAGUAUAUCAUGCGUGGAAAUCCAAGAAUAAGAAACGUAAUACAGAAACAGAACAGCGUGCUCCAAAAUCAGUCACUGACUAUGAUUUUGCACCAUUUUUCAACAACUCAACUCAACAGAACCCAACAGCUCAGUUGCCUGCCAGGCAACAGGAGAUUGAAAUAAACAGACAACAGCGUUACUUCCGUAUUCCCUUCAUUCGCCCAGCAGACCAGUAUAAAGAUCCUCAGAACAAGAAGAAAGGUUGGUGGUAUGCGCAUUUUGAUGGGCCUUGGAUUGCUCGACAAAUGGAACUUCAUCCUGACAAGCCACCUAUUCUGCUUGUAGCGGGGAAGGAUGAUAUGGAGAUGUGUGAACUAAAUCUUGAAGAGACUGGCUUAACUCGAAAGCGUGGUGCUGAAAUUUUGCCGAGACAGUUUGAAGAGAUUUGGGAGCGCUGUGGAGGCAUCCAAUAUCUUCAAAAUGCAAUUAAGAGUAGACAAGCUCGCCCUACAUAUGCAACAGCUAUGUUGCAAAGCCUAUUAAAAUAGUCACUUUGCACAUUGAUAUUAGAGUUGAGAACUCUUACCAUGAUAUAAAGGGAAGAGUUCCUCUAUGCAACAGAGGAUUUAAACAGUCUGUAAUUGUGUUAGAGAUGUUUAAUUUAAAGUGAACAGAUUUUAUUAAUCAUGGGAGUUUAAUUUGUAUUUUUGAUGUUUAAUUUGUGUAGUGAACUCACUAAUUCUAUGGACCCUGCAGAAGUUUCAGUCAAAUAUGUUUGUUGCAUUUUCUUUAUAUGUUGCAUCCUUCUCAAAAGCUUCUGUUGUUAUGCUAACACUGUAAAAUAACACUAUUGUACUUAGGGUACAUACUAGGAUAAACUCCAUUACAACUUCCUUUUUAUAAAAUCCUCUUCAGAACAUGCACAAUAGUAACCUUUCAAGGAUGGUCUAGUGAAGAGGGUACAAUGUAUCUUAUAACUGGAAUUGUGAGGCCUUAGCUUUAACUUCUUCUCCAGAGAAGUUGGAGUGCACAGUACUUCUAUAUGAUCAAAGACAUUUUAUGUCCUGAUCUGAAAGCUGCUCAACAUCUGUAUGUACUGACUUUUUCAGAAACUUAUGGGAAAUCUUUAAUUUCUUACCUUGUUUCAUAGUUUAACUGACAUUGUUCUUUUAUAUGUUUUGAGAUGAGCACACAGGUAUUUGAAGUAUUGUGUAAUAAUGGAGGGACUCAAAGGUUGUACAUUUAGGCUUGCGGGUUUUUUUCUUUAGGAUUUUUUUUUUAAAUGCAGAUUUCUUGCAAACCCCAAUUAUAUUUUUCUGACAAAACUUUGUUAGGAGUCCUUCGAUAGUUAAAUUACCCAGGUAGCGUAAUUUAAAUAUAUGAUGCAAAAAUUGUCUAAGAUAUUUCUUUAGAUACAUUUUAAGAGUAAAGGAAAGCAUAAGGGAAAUGUUUUUUUUUUCCUUUUUUUAAAUAGUAGCAUAGCUUAUUAGUAUACAGAGGACUGAAUUUCAGAGAUCCUUUUUACUUUAAUCCAUGCACACACAUUGUUACUUCUGUUAGAUGGCAUCAGAGUCUUGCCCAGCAACACAUCACUGUAGUGUCUAAUUACAGUAUGCUACUUCAAAUGGCUACAUUUUUUGGUCUCCAGUAAUAAACUUUUUCCUUCAAUCA